ACAACCGUACAACUGUUAGCAAUUAUUGUAUGCUUUUUCUUUUACGAUGAUUUAAGAAAUGUCUGCAAAAGUGACGACGGUUGGGGUUUUUUGGUUGUGUAAUUUGAAUGUAUUGGAUUACGGCGAAAUGUGUAAAAAGAGUGUGACUAGUGUCCACUUCUCGAAGAAGUUGACACUGGCUCGAUUCGCUAUAUUCCAGUAGACCAUAACUCCUUGCGGCUAGACGAGUUGGUGACUUCCGGUCAAAUGUAAACAGAUUUGUCUGUUGCAACAACGAAAACAAUCAACUUCGGUUGAUAAAGUAUGUUUACAAAAUGUUUUUGUUUGUUUGAUACUGAUGGUAUUUUACGAUAUUUAUAUUUGAUUUUGUGUAUUUGCACUCAAGUAAUUGUCUCUAGAUGUGUGUGCAGAUUCUGAUUUUGAACAAUAAUUAUCAGUAACAGGAUCAGUAUCUUGGGUACUUUAUGACAUCUCGUUCCAAAUUGCUUGUGUAAUACUGUCUUCAGCAGGGUUAUUGUUGUCAUGGUGUAAGACCACAAUUUCCUGUUUAUUGGGCUCUAUUGGACAAUCAAACUCAAAGACACGGUUGAUCAGCUGCACAAAGGCGUAAAACCUCUUGUAUCUUGAUCAUUUUGGUGAGAAAUGUCAACCUUAGAAGAAAUCAUGAACAUGGACCAAAGCAUGCCCUAUGACAAGUCUGCAAGGGGCAGAGUUGUGUUUGCAAGCAGUCCAGAGACAUAUACUGAUGCCAAUGGUGAGACAAAGCAGGCAAAGUCUGUUGCUAUAGCAGAUGACAAAAAAGCUGUGAAAGUUGUGUCGUAUGACCCAACCCAAUUCAACAAACUUGUUGAAGGUAAAACAAUAAUGUUGAGAAAUUUCAUCCGAAGGGAUGGGAAUAUCAUUCUAACCUGAACAUCUAGACUGUUCCCAACACAAGAAAUUGAAGUCCCUGACAGCAGAGUACAAGAGGGUAAGGCUCUUGUCAAUCCACCAGCGGCUCCUGUGGUUUCAUUGAGAGAAGCACUAAGAUCACCUCCAAAAACCAAAAUGCCUGUUUGCGGGAAAGUCAUUCAGGAUGAAGAAGAGCGCGACAUCCUGGUAGGAAAGUCGAAAAGUCCGACAAAGAUGAGAACAAUUUACAUACAGGAUGAAACGGUGGACAGAGUAAAAGUGGCUUUGUGGAGAAACACUAACAAAAACGUCAGAACUGGGGAUUUUGUCAAAAUCACUUAUUUGACAAUACACACUUACCAAACAAAGUACACAACUGAAACCAGCUUCAAUUCUACCUACACAACUUCAGUUACUAAAGUCGAACAACCAACUGUACAUGUGACACUUACAGUAAUUGGUGCCUGUGUACAAGAUGACGUUACAGAACUUCUCCUCAGUGAUGACUCUGUGAGGGCAAUUCCUUCACAAUUAUUAAUGGCUGCCCUUCCACAAGAACUUGAAGAAGACUUCAGAAUCUUUCUUUGCAGAGCGAAAAACAAACUUAAGGCUGCAAUUAAAAGGAUCGGAAGUACUUUCAGUGAAACUUCAGUAAACUGUUAUACAUAUACAUGACAUUAUUCAGCAUUCCUAGUUUACCUUGUUUUCCCUAGUGUUUUUUUUUUUAUAAAUCUCCUACUUUUUCAUACUUUUUACAACAAGCUCCUACUUCUCCUAGUUAUGCCCCCUUUCAAAGAAGGGGGAUAUUGCUUUGCACAUGUUGGUGUGUUGGUCUGUCCGUCCGUCCACCACAUGAUUGUCUGAUGAUAACUCAAGAACGCAUAGGCCUAGGAUCAUGAAACUUCAUACGUACAUUGAUCAUGACUGGCAGAUGACUAACUAUUGAUUUUGAGGUCAAUGGUCACAGGUGAAGGUCAUAGUGACUGGAAAUAGGAAAAUGGUUUUUAAAUGAUAACUCCAGAAUGCUUACGCCUAGGAUCAUGAAACUUAAUAGGGACAUUGGUCAUGACCAGCAGAUGACCCCAACUGAUUUUCAGGUCAAUAGGUCAAAGGUCAAGGUCACAGUGACCUGAAACAGUAUAAUGGUUGAAUGGAAAUAGCAAAAUGGUUUCCAAAAGAUAACUCAAGAAAGCUUACGCCUGGGAUCAUGAAAAUUCAUAGGGGCAUUGAUCAUAACUGGCAGAUGACUCUUAUUGAUUUUCAGGUCACUAAAUCAAAGGUCACAGUGAAACGAGACAGUAAAGUGGUUUACUGGAAAUAGGAAAAUGGUUUCCAGAUGAUAACUCAAGAAGGCUUACGCCUGGUAUCAUGAAACCAUCACCACCUCCACCACCACCUCAGUGACAAAAAACGUAUUCACACAAUAGCUGCCAUUACAACUGACAGCCCAUAUGGGGGGCAUGCAUUUUUUAUAAACAGCCCUUGUUCUUUUUCAAGUAACAAGUCUUAAAAACUUUUAAUGGGCAAAAAAAUAAUUUGAUUUUGUUAAUUUGAUGUCACCUGGAUAUGUAUACAUGUAUUCAUAGGGUUUUAAAUAUAGUUGUGUUUGCUGUAGGUAUAAUGGCAUUUAACGUACCUGAAAUUACGCAUAUAAUUGCUUGAUUUUGACAUUUGCACAGAUUGCCAAUAUACAACAUGAAGAAGUGAUAAGGCAAAAUUAUUUUUACAAUACUUGAGGCUGGACCCUACACAUUCAGUUUAAUUGGGUCUAGCCACUCAUUAGUUAUCAAUAAGAAAGCAGGGAAAUUUAAUAUUUGAGUUUCAUCUACAGAUCAUGUGAUGUAGCAUUUAUAGGUACAGGAAAAGACUCGACCUUGUAUAAAUGCAAAGGAUCUUUCAGUUAUAAAAUUAGAAGUUUUAAAAUUAAAAACAAGCUUGAUCUUGUAAACAGAAAAUCAUUCAUUGAGUACACGACUUUCCAUUGAUUAAAUCUGGAACUCCUAACUAAAAUUCUUCUAAUUCAUCAUGUAUGCUACUGGUUUCUCUUAUAUGAUUCAUAAGAAUACUUGUAACAUAAUCAAUGACUUGGUGCAUAUUUGAGGAUGUUGAUUGCAAUCCACAGUCAAUAAAUUUGUUUGGUAGCAUGUUAUAUUUAAUACCUGACAUACAGUUGUCCAUUCUUAUAAAUGGUUAGUUUAUUCAUGUGAUCAGCAAGAAAAUUGACAUGAUCCAUUGUUGUAGUGCCGAAAAGUCCUUUUGAAAGUUUAUCUAUGAAAAGCAAAAGUGCACUGUUACUUCCAGAUUAGAUUAUGGUUGAUUAAAGAAUAAGACUCAAUACUCGAAAUUGUACACUUGUAUUUUGCUCCUGUUCAUUGUCUGAGGCUUUUUAUUCGAGUCAUCAUGUGAGAUAACAUGUGACACGAUUGAUUGUUCACUUAACAAGCUUGAAGUGCAGACACAUCAAAUUAUUUUGUGUUCCCUUCAAUUAAAGCAUGAUGUCUAUUUAUUAAAAGGGUGUUAUUUUCAACUGCUAAUAUGUAAAGGUGAUUUUCCUGUAAAAGACUAUUUUUCGUCUUAACCAUUUGAAAAUUUAAGUGCGUUUGCCUUUGUUAUUUAGCCCUUUUACAUUUAUAGUACAUAUGUUAAUACUCAUUCAAAAGACAGAGAAUUACAUGAUACUAUUCUUGUUCCAAACAUUUAAAAAUCAUUUUGUAGAACUAGAUUAUUAGUUAAUACUUCAUUAUGCAAAGUUAUAUAAAGCUUUGAUGUUUAAAACCAUCAACUUCCAUGUUCUACAAGUUGUUAAUGCAUUGUGUUCAUUAAAUUCAUCUCAGCACUAAAUACUUGUUCAUUUUUAUGCCCCCCUUCGAAGAAGAGGGGGUAUAUUGCUUUACUCAUGUCGGUCGGUCUGUCGGUAUGUCGGUCUGUCGGUCCGUCCACCAGGUGGUUGUCAGACGAUAACUCAAGAACGCUUGGGCCUAGGAUAAUGAAACUUCAUAGGUACAUUGAUCAUGACUCGCAGAUGACCCCUAUUGAUUUUGAGGUCACUAGGUCAAAGGUCAAGGUCACGGUGACCCGAAAUAGUAAAAUGGUUUCCGGAUGAUAACUCAAGAAUGCAUACGCCUAGGAUCAUGAAACUUCAUGGGUAGAUUGAUCAUGACUCGCAGAUGACCCCUAUUGAUUUUGAGGUCACUAGGUCAAAGGUCAAGGUCACGGUGACCCGAAAUAGUAAAAUGGUUUUCGGAUGAUAACUCAAGACCGCAUAUGCCUAGGAUCAUGAAACUUCACAGGUAGAUUGAUCAUGACUCGCAGAUGACCCCUAUUGAUUUUGAGGUCACAAGGUCAAGGUCACGGUGACCCGAAAUAGUAAAAUGAUUUUCAGAUGAUAACUCAAGAACGCUUUUGCCUAGUUUUCGAUGUGUUGGUAACUCUGCCCUGCCUUCAUUUAGAUUGAUCUCGGUACAAUUUAUAAACAUUUCAUUAUCAUUAGCAUUUUGCGUUUUGAGUGGUUACUCCUCCGUUGUUAUAUGAAUAAUUUAGUGAAAAUGUUAAAUGUGUUAAAAUAUUGUUCCAAAAUAUUUUAUAACACUCAAUAGUGAUGCCAUCAGAUUCCGGACUUUUGUUAUUUGGCAUUUCUUAACGAGCUUGUCAAUAUUCAUAUUCAGUUUGUAAUCCUUCACAUACUUGUUAUUCCACUUCCUUUAAAGCAUGAUGUGUUAUUUUAAAGAGGUUGUUAUUUUCGACAUUCUUUCGUUUAUAGUGUUUCGCAAAAUAGGCUUCUUCUAUUAUUUGACUUUUAUUUGUUAUGUCUUUGCCAUUAACUACUAGUCGGUGUAUAGUUUUGUGUUUGCUACUACGUUUUAAAAUGUUUGCACAGUAUUUUGUAUUGUUUUCAUUGUGUUCAACAUGCUGUGCCCGUACUCAAAGUAAUAUGCCAUUGAGGUGUGUGUGAUAAAUUCCUUCUAUUAUUUUUUUGUGUGUGAAAAUUUCCUUCUUCAAUGGAGGUGGUAUAAUUUGUGUUUCUUUUAUGCAUAUGUUUUUCAAGUGCUUCAAUGACUUUUAUGGCUUCAUUUUCAAGUUUGUGUAUUUCUUUUUUUUUUUUAGCUUACCUGAGCACAACGUGCUCAUGGUGAGCUAUUGUGAUGGCCUUUUGUGUGUCGUCUGUCGUGCAGCAUCAACAUUUACCUUGUUAACACUUUAGAGGUCACAUUUAUUGUCCAAUCUUCAUGAAACUUGGUCAGAACAUGUGGCCCAUUAAUAUCUUGGACAAGUUUGAAAAUGCUUCUUGUCGUUGAAAAACCUGCGUGCCAGGGGACGUGGCAGUUUUCCUAAUAUGGCUAUUAUAAAACCUUGUUAAAGACUCUAGAAGUUAUAUUUUUUGUCCAAUCAUCAUGAAACUUGGUCGGAACAUGUGUUCCAAUUAAAUCUUUGACAAGUUCAAAAAUGAUUCCGGUUGGAAGAAAAACAUGGCCGCCAGGGGGCGGGGCAGUUUUCCUAUUAUGGCUAUAGUAAAACUUGUUCACACUGUAGAAGUCAAAUUUAAUGUCCAAUCUUCAUGAAACUUAGUCAGAACAUUUGUUCUAAUGAUAUCUUAAACGCGUUCGAAUAUGGUUCCAAUAUGUUGAAAAACAUGGCUGCCAGGUGGCGAGGCAGUUAUUCCUUAUAUGGCUACAGUAAAACCUUCUUAACACUCUAGAAGUCACUUUUUUAGUCCCUCACAACAUGUUUCCCAGUAAAAUCUUAAACGAGUUCGAAAAUGGUUCCAGUUGAAUGAAAAACAUGGCCGCCAGUGGUCGUGGCAGUUUUCCUUAUAUAGCUUUAGUGUAAAGUAAAUUUUCAACAUUCUUUCGUUUAUAGUGUUUCGAAAAAUAGGCUUCUUCUAUUAUUUGACUUUGAUUUGUUAUGUCUUUGCCAUUAACUACUAGUCAGUGUAUAGUUUUGUGUUUGUUUCUACGUUUUAAAAUGUUGUACAGUAUUUUGUAUUGUUUUCAUUGUGUUUAACAUGCUGUGCCCGUGCUCAAAGUAUUAUGCCAUUGAGGUGUGUGUGAUAAAUACCUACUAUUAUAAUUUUUAUGUCCCCCACUAUAGUAGUGGGGGACAUAUUGUUUUUGCCCUGUCUGUUGGUCAGUUGGUUUGUUUACGCGAACUUUAACAUUUUGCAAUAACUUUUGCUGUAUUAAAGAUAGCAACUUCAUAUUUGGCAUGCAUGUGUAUCUCAUGAAGCUGCACAUUUUGAGUGGUGAAAGUUCAAGGUCAUCCUUCAAGGUCAAGCUCAUCCUUCAAGGUCAAAGGUCAAAAAAAUAAUAUUUCAAAGCGGCCUUCUCAUAAAGCUGCACAUUUUGAGUGGUGGAAGUUCAAGGUCAAGGUCAUCCUUCAAGGUCAAAGGUAAAAAAAUAAAAAUUUAAAAGCGGCGCAAUAGGGGGCAUUGUGUUUCUUACAAACACAUCUCUUGUUUUUUUCAAACAUGGUUAAAAAACACAAAUAUUUAUUUUUAUUAUUUUAUUUUUGAAAUACCGUCCAGAAUCCCCCCCCCCCCCCCAAAAAAAAAAGAAUCAUUUUUUGCUUUUUUUUUGCAUUUUUGGAAGAUAAUGUAAUAAAUGACCACAACCCAACACUAUACACCCCUCUCCACUCCACCUUUCCAUUCUUUGUUAUUGAAAUUGAGAUAGGUCCCUACACCUUUUAAAAUAAAAAUAAAAUAGAUGAACAGUCUGCACCCGCAAGGCGGUGCUCUUUUUAUACUCUGGUAGUCGCUUUCUUUGUCAAAUAUUCUUGAAUCACGGUCAGGACAUAUUUUUGUUCUUAUGAUAUCUCGGCCGAAUUCAAAAUUACAUUAUAUACAAUGGGCCAAAAAAAUGUAAAUAUUUAUGGUUUAUGAAGUACUUUUAUUAUUUUGAACUCCACCUUUUCAGAAUACUCAAGUUCCUUAGGGUCUCAGUUGAGCACCUAAGGGUACAUGGCCCCAUUGUAAAAAUUCUUCCUUGAAGAUGUUUAAGCUACUUCACAAUAUCUAGCGACCAACUGCAAAAUUUAGCGGCCAUUGGCUAGUUAGCUUGUUUCUAAUUUAAAUCAAUGGAAUGACUUUGUAUGAAUGAUUUAUUAUUAAUUAUAUGGGUUGUUUAUUUCAAUACUCAUGAUAUAAUUGUAUUUAAUUGAAAGCACACAUAUUAUUCAUUAUACAUGAUAUUAUGUCAAUACAUGUAAUUAUAUAUUUUGACAACACAGAAUAAAGAGUGAUGGGAAGCAUUGGUUCUCCUGUAGUGAGUAAUUGUGAUCACCCUAUGUCUGGCGUCAGGCAUCGCUCAGUGUCCAUUGUGUGUCUUUGCUGGUUACCAUUCUACAGGUCACAUUUGUUAUUCAAUCUUUAUUCAAUCUUUAUUCAAUCUUUUAAUAUGUAUUUCAACUUGCAAGUAAACAUUAAUCUGUCAUCAAAGUUCAAACGGGGACAAAAUCUUUCUAAAUGCUGGUCAAAGUUAUAGGUCAUGGUCAUUGACUAGAGAAACCUUGAACUAUGUAAAGUUGUAUUUCAAAAUAUGAAGUAGAAAUGCGACUUUUCGGAAAAAUCGGUAGUUUCCGAAUUGUGCCUUUCCGUGUCGUCGGCUAGGUGGCGCUCGGUUCGCCAGUAUAUAAAGGCUCGCAAAUAUGCAAAUUGGUCACUUCUCCUGCGGAUGCUAGCAGGACAACAUCUGAAGAAAGGGUGCGGUACUCUAAAGAACAUUUCUCUGGCGCAUUUGGGUAAAUGCGUUAACUUCAAACGGUGCUGCCCGGGCUGCAGAAUUCCUGUUGCAAGUUUAGAGGUCGUACUAGGUGGUGGACGUUUCACCUAGGGCCUUGGGGUGACGAAUAUCUAAAGCUUUAUUGAAGGCAACGGUCCCUUGUUUUUCGCACUGUAAAUAAAUGAGGCGACUCAAUAACUCUUCAGUUUCCAAUCAUAAGGCAGGUAGCUUGAGAACAAAUAGUUAUUCGUCAUUGUUAUUUUCUUAUUGGCCUUCCGAUGGUUUCGGAAGGCACAUCGUCAUUGUGCACAUAGCGCUCGGUGGCGGCCUCAGGAAGUCGUCCGGCUCGCGUUACAGUCAGAAUGUUUAUCUCUAUGAUUGAUUCGUAUAAUUGUAAAAUGGUAUGUGAUUCUUUUCCGAACUGUAAAUUUAUAUUUAUCAAUAUACAGUGUUUAAUAUAAAACCAAAAGUCCACAUGGAAAUAACUUCUAAUUUUUCAUAAUCAAGAAAGGUUAUACAUAAAAAGCGUUAUAUUCAUAGAUGAAAGCAAUGUGUAAUAAACACUCCAGUAGUUUCAUAUACAUAAAGGCACUUGUUAUCUAUACUAAUAACAGGAAGCAGAUGUAUCCGGGAAUAUAAAGGGUUUCUACGAUGUAUACUCUUGAACGUCAUGGCUAGCGGAAAUUCAAUCGUUCAGUUAAGCGUCCGUAUGCUGUCAAGAACGAUGCAUUUUGUUAGGGAGCGUCUUCAAAUUGGAGACCGUCGCAGUGGUAAUUCAUAAUCCAAUGCGCCAUUGGUUUUUACACUGUUCCCACAGGAUUGUGACUCGAAUCUGGAGACGAAAUCCAUCCUGACCGAGAUAAAACGAACAACGGCAGUAGAGACAGAACACAAAAAAAUGAGUUUAAUCUGAUGCACACCGAAGGAAGUGGAUACAGAGCAAACACAUCAAGACAGAUGGCGGAAGGUGGCAACUGGCGUGAUGACUCAGAACCUGAAUGGGAUCUUCGUCAGAGAGGACUUCUCUGUCAAUCCUAUCAUCAGAUGGCGGAAGGUGGCUCCUGGCGUGAUGAAUCAGAACCUCAAGUUGCCCCCCGUCCUAGCGGACUUCACUGUCCCAACUCUCAAUUUCAGGUUCAUUCGGGAAAUGCCUCUGUAGAGACCUGUAUUAUGAUGAACUGGCUUGGCUAUGGACCGGAGAUGAGACAGGCACGGAGGGACGCUUACAGGGAGCAGGAUAGAAUAAGGAAUGCACGGGAUGAUGGUAAUAUGCAUAUCACUACGGGUAGCAAGGCAGAGGGACUGACGCGCUCUUUUGAGAGUGAUCUUGAUGUAAUGCUUGUAAUUCGAGAUGUUUUGUGCAUAGAAGAUGGUGUUAAAUCUGACAUAUUGCCAAGGGAGAAUAAUGUGUUUAGAUUAAGCACUAUAAUGUGCUACCCGGGGUACUGUAGACUGUUACUAGAGCGAUCCGGAAUAAUGUACAGAGUCAUUGUUGAUGCUCUUUGUGAUGAUGAAUAUGGGCGUUCUCUCCUGUGCAGUGACCUGUUUGUUUAUGGCUUCAAGCGGAUUAAUUAUGGCCCAAACGUGGUAGCCCAUGACCGUGCAGGUCCGUCAAUGCCGAGUUCAAUAAAUGGGAUAUGGCAUGUAGACACUGUAUUUUCUAUUCCCUGCCACUGCCCCAGCAUACUGCAAAGAUGGGCUGAACGACGUCGGAAUUGGCCAUCACCCGCUGUCGUUCAAAAAGUUGUAUCAUUAGGAGCAUAUGUUACACCCGUAGGUUUUAAAGGGAGCCAAUACAGGCAUGUAGAGUGGCGGAUCUGCUUUAAUACGGGAGAGAAUGAGCUUGUGGGCAGUCUUAAUAACACCCAGGUUUACGUAUAUGUUAUAUUAAAGAUGGUGGUUAAGGAGGUACUAAAGCCUGUAAACAAAGAAAUAACAUCAUACACAGUGAAAAACAUUGUGUUGUGGCUAGCAGAGAACAAUCCUCAAAAUUUGUUCCAUGAAAGGAGUUUGUUUGUAUGGGUUUGUGAAGGACUAGGGGAACUUAGAACAGCUAUAUUAACGAAACGCCUUCAAUAUUAUAUGAUACCUGAAAGGAAUCUAAUGGGAGGCUGCGGAAUAGCUGAAGAACAACAGCGUUCCUGGGUAGCAACAAUAACAGACAUGAUCAAUGAUGGUCCAAAGCUAAUACUCCGAUUACCGAAGAUACGGCAAGCAAUAAUCUCGCACCCAGAGCCUCUGAUGUGGUACAGCAAGAAGAGAGUAGAGCUUGAGCUGAUAGUGCUUAAGUGCAGGAGGAGAAAACUCCAGUGUACGGAUGAGAAUGGUGUGAUAGAUAGGUCGGAUCCUAUAUACCAGGCGAUAUAUGAACGUAUGUAUGAGAUACUUAUAGAGGUGCGUCAGAGAAUGAACUGGGAAGGAAGUCGUUUGAAUGAUCUGUUUGAGAUAAGUAAAAUGAUGCUCAGUUGAUGUUGUUGUAACUGACAGCAAUUCAAUGAAUGGUAUAUGUUCUACAAUUAACUCUAGAAUGCAUUUUAUUUAGGGUGUCUUCCAAACAAACUGAUUUUUUGUAUACAUGUGCAAUGUGUUUCGGACAUAAGAUUUUUAAAGUAAUAUUGUUAAUAAGUUUAAAUGAAGACAUACAUGUUUGUGUUUGAAUGGUUGAUUCUAAAGAUUAUAUUUUACUAAGAAGUGUAAAUUUCACUCAAAUGUUUUGGCACAAUAAUACUCUAUUAUAAAUGAUGUUUUGUAAGAUACGCAUAUGUUGUGUUGUUGAAUGGUCAGUUACCUUGUAACAUCACUUUAUUGUGUUUCUGCACACAACACCACUAUAUAAAAACGCAUAUAAUAAGUAUUUAAAUUAAAGUGUCAAUUUCCUGCAUUUAAAAUGAAAGAACAAUAAUAAUAAUUCUUAAGUUA